UCAUUUCACGCAGUGAUUUCACAGUGAAGCUCAGCUAGUUUGCGUGUCUAUUUCAGCUGUAGGCACUUGGAAAUGUUUGCUUAAUCGCUUUUAAAAACAUUUUUUUACUCCACGUUAUAAAAUAACGCGUUUUUAAGCUUUUAAAGUAUAAAUACUUGUUAUUUUCGUUAUACGUCAGUGGCGGGAAAGUGUUCUGUUCUCUCUGAGGAUGGUUCUAAUAAAGUUUCCCGCCGUGCUGUGUGUUGUGGCGCUGUUGUGUGAAUGGGUUCGGUUCGGUCUGGGGUGUUCGGGGCUGCUGCUGUGCCGCUCCUGCGGGCACGAGGUGGCGGAAGACACGGACCUGAGGUUCGUGCCCAGUCGCCUGGCACUAUCGCACCGGAACGACACGGUGAUCGGAGGGAAGCGCGUCGCCGUUCAGCUCUUCGAGAAUCCUCAAGGCUUCCAGUUUGAAGUCGUGACUUUUAAGAGAGCAGAUGUGCUGAAGCACUGGCCGGCGGACAGUCACUUCACAUGGUAUCCGGGUCACGCGUGGACCGUCGCCACCUGCCCGCGGUGCAAAACACACCUAGGUUGGGCGUUCCAGCCCAGUGACUGGCCCAGGACGGUGAACCGAGAAGAGUUCGAAGGUUCGGACCAGACGUUUGUGGCGCUCAUAGUUGACAGACUUCUGCAGGAACACUUUGCAUCCACACUGCUGAUGACACCAAAAUCUUUUAGAAGUUGACGAUUAACCAGACCACAUUUUAUGCGUUUCAAUAAAGAUAUUUUUAUGGGAAUUAUUUUA